AUGCUGUUGCCGGUAGUUCUGAUGAUACUGUCAUGGCUAAAUCAAUACUCGUACACCAUGCUCAUCGGAACACUAUCCAUGAUUGAAGGGCCACGCGGCCAACCCUCAACCGCAGGAAAUGCGACGUAUAUCACCAGCUCUCUUUGCACCACCAUUAACCACCUACGUACCCACGUCGGCAACUCGUUCUACCUCCGAGGGUUCGCCCUCGUCCUCAUCCACGACAUAGCCCGAGAUACCAUCCUCCCAGCUCUCCUACCAAUCAAUGACAACUCGCCACUCAAACAAGAUGUCCGCUCCCUAAUUUUCUUUCUUUACCAACGCCUUCCCAGCCUGAACUGCUGGGUCCGAGUGAUUCCUAUAGCCCUGCUUGAGUCUAUAUUGUGCAGGCCGGCAGUCCCAAUCACGCUACUCAUUGAACUCUAUCUGAUACAGGCUGUGGGAAAGAUAGACAUUGACCAAAACCUGGAUAAUAGCCAGACAGGAGGUCAUGUCUACGCACUUGCGGCUGUUGCUCCCAUAUUAAUUAAAUUUUGGCUUGCUCUUCCUGCUCGAGUCAUAUUGGUUCGGAUGGCAGCAUCGAUGGUCCCAGAUGAUGAUGAACUGAUUGUAACGCUUGAUGCACGGCUCAAAGGUGGUGGUGCUCCCCUGAGCAUGUUCGGUGCGUGGAGGAAGGAUUCCUGGGCGCGUGCUUGUAAAAUUCAGACUAGGGGGUUUAUUGCAGGGACUGCUAUUUUCCUCUUAGGCCAAUUGGUUCUUCCUGAUUUUCAAAGUUAUGUUCCUUUUGUGCCGAUGUGGUUUAAUGGUUGA